AUGUUGGGUUGGUUAGGCGUUGGUUGUUCGCUGUGGCUGGCUGGUUGCUUGCUUCUACCCCACUCUCUCACCUCUGCCUCUUGUCAGCAGAACAACUCUGGCGCCUCUUCCAGCGGGAACUCGGGAGGGCCGUAUUUACUGUGGUGUUCCACUCCACUUAGUUUGCCCACACCAACUGGAUUAUGUCCUCUCUCCUCUUCUUCCCAUCCAGUGUUAUUUUUUUGUCUAGCAGAGGCUGCGGUCUUGGACGUUAUUCGAACACUUUCGCCCAUCGACAAGACGGUAGCGGCAGGACGAUUACAGCACAGAAUGCCGGACUCUGUGGGUGAACGCGUUCAGCUAACCAGCUGCCGCCGGUAGUCACAGGCUGGGGGGCUGCCAACUCAGUCCUAAACCCCGCUUUGCUUGUUCGCUCAACAACCCUCCGUUCUCUUCUUAUCCUAGAAUCACCACCAAGAGCCCCUUUGCUAACGGAGACUAUCGGUGGUCCUUUUGAGUUUUCAACACCCUGUGGGGCCGGGAAAAGUGGGGAGGAGGAGGGAAAAAAGGGAGGGGAGAAACAAGACAAGAUGGAUAUCUAUUAUUGCCGACUAUUCAUCGCUAUCUAUUUACUUGGGCGGGCGCUUCGGGUAGGAAUCUGGGAAGAUGGAAGGGGGUAGCUGUGGAAAGAGGGGAUAAGGCAGACGGGGGGAGCGGGCUUUUUCCUCUUUCCCUCUCCAUCACGAUGGCCGAGGAGAGGGGGGUAUGGGCGGUCUGGGUGGGACUAUUUGGCAUACGAUUUACACGCCCGCUCUCUACUCUACUUUUAAGUCCUUUUGUUUUGAAGUCGUUUCUUGAUCUGAUUCCUUUGGCAGAGCCUCAAAAAGAUCGCCGCCAGACAAUAGUCUUGUGUCAUCUGUCGCUUGGUUCUAUUUUUGGGCGGGUUUCCGAAAAAAGCAACUUUCCCAGCCGCAAUCGAUGCCAGAGCGAAAGACAAAAAAACACUAAACAUCAAACCAGUCUCAACUCCAUUAGCAGCGCGGCUGUAUGGUGAAAACACUCAAUCGAUUGAGUUAUCGGCAAAGUGGUAUCUGCUUGCAGAAAAGAAGGCAAGAUUUGAUAUGAAAAAAAAAUUCCGAAAAAAACAAAUAAAACAAAAACAAAA